UAGGAUAUUUCUGCAUCUGAAGAUAAAGCAAUAAUCUUCUCUGCAGUAGAUGGAUUUUUGUCACUUUCUGUGAAAUAAAGCAAUUCAAUGUCUUUUCUGGAUUGUUUCUGCACUUCACGAACACAAGUUGAAUCACUCAGACCUGAAAAACAGUCUGAAACCAGUAUCCAUCAAAACUUGGUUGAUAAGCCAACCCUUCCCUGGUUGUCUCCAUCUGCUAGACUCAGUGAAGCGGUCUGUUCCACCAACGCUUCUCACUAUGAACUCCAAGUGGAAAUAGGAAGAGGCUUUGACAACCUGACUUCUGUCCAUCUUGCACGGCAUACUCCCACAGGAACCCUGGUGACGAUCAAAAUCACAAAUCUGGAAAACUGCACUGAAGAACGCCUGAAAGCUUUACAGAAAGCUGUGAUUCUAUCUCACUUUUUCCAGCACCCCAAUAUUACAACUUACUGGACUGUUUUCACUGUUGGCAGCUGGCUUUGGGUUAUUUCUCCAUUUAUGGCCUAUGGUUCAGCAAGUCAGCUCUUGAGGACUUACUUUCCUGAAGGAAUGAGUGAAACUUUAAUAAGAAACAUUCUCUUUGGAGCAGUGAGAGGGUUGAACUAUCUGCACCAAAAUGGCUGUAUUCACAGGAGUUUUAAAGCCAGCCAUAUCCUCAUUUCUGGUGAUGGCCUAGUGACCCUCUCUGGCCUGUCCCACCUGCAUAGUUUGGUUAAGCACGGACAGAGGCAUAGGGCUGUGUUUGAUUUCCCACAGUUCAGCACAUCAGUGCAGCCGUGGCUGAGUCCAGAACUACUGAGACAGGAUUUACAUGGAUACAACGUGAAGUCAGAUAUCUACAGUGUUGGCAUUACAGCGUGUGAAUUGGCCAGUGGGCAGGUACCUUUCCAGGACAUGCACAGGACUCAGAUGCUGUUACAGAAAUUGAAAGGUCCUCCUUAUAGCCCAUUGGAUAUCAGCAUUUUCCCUCAGUCAGAAUCCAGAAUGAAGAAUUCCCGGUCAGGUGUAGACUCUGGGAUUGGAGAAAGUGUACUUGUCUCCAGUGGAACUCGCACAGUAAAUAGUGACAGAUUGCAAACACCAUCCUCAAAAACUUUCUCCCCUGCCUUCUUUAGCUUGGUACAGCUCUGUUUGCAACAAGAUCCAGAGAAAAGGCCAUCAGCAAGCAGUUUAUUGUCCCAUGUUUUCUUCAAACAGAUGACCAGAAUCAAAGAUGAAAGAAGAGAGCCAGGACGCAAUCCUUUCACUGUUGCCUCCCGCUUAUCAAAAGCCAUCAGUAGCACUGCCUCCAGCACCACCUUGGACUGAGCCAGACGGUGACUUUCCUGAUGAAAAGGAUGCAAACUGGGAAUUCUAGGGCUGCCAAAUCCUUUACAUCCUACAUACUUGACACUUUCUCCCUGCUGCUUUUCUUCUGUAUUUCUAGGUACAAAUACUAGAAUUAUACUUGAAAAUACAGUUGGUGCACUGGAGAAUCUACCACUUAAAACCACUCUAUUCAAAGGAGCAUGAGUUCGUAGCCCCUUUGGUUAGCUCAGUGCUACUACACCUCCAGGGACACUUCAGAAGGAUUCACCUAGCUACACUUAGUGUCAUCUAUUCUCAAGUUUUGUUUCUUCCAAAGCUGUGACUAAUUCUUCUUGAUCUCACUAUCAUUUUUGAGCCAUUUAAUUCUUUCAGCAUUUCCUGCCCUCAGGGAAUGUGCCCUCAAAGGACAGUGCUUCCAAAUACAUUUUUUACUUCCAGAUUUUCGAGCCUUUUUGAUCAGCUAUUGUUAGACCAACAGGCUAGUUGAUUCUGGCAUCAAACCCUUGUUUGGUAACAGGGAAAUAGGUAUACUUUCCCAUUUUCUUGUGUUAAUACUUAUGGCAAUAUCAAACUGAGCCUCACUCACAUUAAAUGAUUCACUUGAAAUAUAUAGAGAAGUUGUGAUUUCCUUUUUUUUUUUUAAGGGGCUAAAGUAACACUUUUCUACUUAUGUAAAUUAUAGGUCCUAAAUUCAUGCAUCCCGUGGGAGCUCAAUAAAGAUUUAUUGAAUUGAG